GCGGUGGCAGUGGUCGGGAGCGGGCGAGUGUGCACGAGGCAGCCAGUAUACCUGGCCAUGUGAUAAAGACGUACCCUGCUGGGAUAUCCCCCGUGUCCUCGUACUGAGCGGGCCCCAGCAGGCACAUGUGAGGAAGGGUGUGUGACCUAUCAAAGGUGUAUUACCGUAGAGGAAGGUCAUAGCGUCCCCAACUUCAAUACGUAUAUUUCAGGGAUAAAUACUGAACAUUAUUUGUGUUGUGGUAAAGUUGGAGACUAACAACUCUGAGACUGCACUCUGUAAACAGUGUAUUUGUGACAAAAUUACCCUCAUCGUAAGGGCUGUAAGGCAAACUUGAGUGCCGGAAUAGUUAUUAUUAUGAAAAAACUUGUUUUAAAGUUUGAAGAUACAGUUUAGAUGUUUCAGUAAUACUGGACAUUGUAGCGACACAAACUUUCUUUAUAUAUUGUGUUAAGGUGUUGUGGAUGAGCCGCGGAAGGAAUGUACAAGUGUCCCACACGUCGCUUCACCUUCCUUUCAACACCCACAGCACAACCUCAUUCCUUCUCUAGUCGUCUGGGCGAGGGGAAGGAUGUCGCCUCUUGUCUUCUGAGGGAGGGAGGGAGGGGAAGGGGCUACACCAAGCAAAUUGAAUUAGCGAAGUAUUAACGCCUAAGGUAGCGAACAAACAAUGCCAGUGUUAUUACAGUGAAAAUAGGGAAUUUACAAGAUUAUUUGGGAAAUCGGAGCCGGUGUCAGAACCAAGCCAGGUGUGGCAGUUGUACGUGGCUUAGUGAGACGCUAGCAACAAAGAGUGACUGUAACACGGCGAAACUCCAUUAACUGAAAAACUAGAAGAAAAAGGAAGUAAUAGGAGGAGGAGGAGGAUGAAGAUGAAGAAGGUGUUGGUGAGGGGGAGGUGCUUGAGCGAGGUAGCGUGGGCGAGGUAGGGAUGCCUCGAGGGUUCCUGGAGCGCCACCUCCACCGUCGUGGGGGAGGCCUAGACCACACAUCCUCCACCAGCACCUCCACCACCAGCACCUCCACCACCCGCACUCCUCACCACCACGACUCACAGCACGGAACAUCCACCUCCGGCAGCUUCAGGAAAGGUUCCCGGACGUGGGCGGACGAAUGUUGUGGCGGGGAGGCGGACCUGCCAGACGACACGCCCACCGGCUCCACCCACCCACUCUACGCCGCCCACGCCGCCCGCUCCACCGCCCGCAAAUCAAGGGACCACCGCCCCUCCGCCACCCUCGAUAAUGACAUUCAGGAGCUGCUGGUCAGGAACUCUAAGUCAGCCAGCGGGGUGCUGGUGCUGCUGGUGGGCGUGGUGGUGGGGGCGUGGGUGCUGGGGGCGUGUGGUGCAUCAUGGGCGUGGCUCAUGGUCAGUAUGGGCGUGACCUGGGCGUUGGUGUCCGGCGCCCUACAGCGAGCAGCCGAGGACGCCACCAGAUACGAGUCACUGCGGCUACACCGGCGGCGAGCACUGCAGGCAGACGAGACGUGCGAGUGGCUCAACCUGCUAGUGAACCGGUGGUGGGUCUUCUCCUCUGCCUCCAUCUUUGCCAGGGUCAAGGCCGCCCUCGAUCCCAGACUCAAUGAUGCCAAGCCCGCCUUUCUAGAGGCCAUCUCUCUAAAGCAGUUGAGUCUUGGAGAUCGGACGCCCGUGCUGCGUAGUGUGAGGGCGUGGGACAUCUCCAGUACAGCUGGGGGUAUAGAGGGCAUGCCCCGCCGCCAACUGUGCCCAGCACGCCCACCUCCGGGCCUCGCACACGCCCCCACACACACCCUAGCCAUUAUGUGUGAUCUCGCUCUCGACUCAGAUUCCUUCUCUGCCGUCCUCGCCGCAAGGAUAGGUGGCAAGGGGGUGGGUGUGGACCUGGAUGUGGGCGUGGAGAAGCUGGCAGUGCUGGGGCGUGUGGUGGUGACAGCUACAUUGGACAUGGAGGCACCCUUCCCACACCUCACCCGCCUGGCCCUCUCCUUCACUGAGAAGCCCCAAGUGUGGUUCAGUGUCAGGAUCCUCAAGGCAGUUCAGAUGAUGGAGGUACCAGUGCUCAAGACAUGGCUCCACUCACUCGUUAUGGAUGCUCUCUCCACAGCCUGGGUUGACCCAGGUCAGUUGGAGAUCAACAUCCACUCAACAGAUGUCAUCGUGCCAGAGACCCGCCCUGGAGACACGCUGGCUCAGGGUGUCCUUACUGUCAUUCUGUGGACGAUUAAGGCAACCACAGGUGUAGGUAUAGAUGAGGACAAGUGGGUGGUGGUAAUGGUGGAUGGACAGCAGCAUGUGACGCCAGCCAUUACAACACCUCGCUGGCAGGAGGCAUGCAGCUUCCUGAGCAGAGACAGUGUUGCAGAAAAAGGGAGGGAAGGUUAUCGGGGGAAAUGUGCCGUCACUUCAUCUUCGGCUGCAGUAUACUCCACUCAGCCCUGUCAGCCUCGACUCUCCCCUCCCCGCACCCCUGAUGGACAACCAAGAAGGUGCUGGGUGCUCUACAUCAUGGUCCACGGUGCAGACAACAUCACCACCACUACAGACUAUCCACCGAGUCCUUACUGCCUCAUCUUCAGUAACCGCAGAAAGGUGAAGACGACACACUACGUGUGCGAGUGUGGCUCACCACGGUGGGAGUGUGGGGUGGAGGUGCUGGUGAGGGACAUAGCUGCUGUCACACUGGCACUAGCUGUCUGUUCUUUACCACGAGGCACUCAAGACACUGAGCUUCUAGGUCUAGCAUCUCUUUCCCUUGCUACCGUGGAGCUGCCUAUGGUGCACCGCCAACUUCCUCUUACUCGUAGCCUUCCCACUCCCGGGGGUGUUACAUCCUCAACGUCCUCGCCAGGGAUGGUAACAGUGUCAGUAGUGUUUAGGUCUGUGCCAUCUGUAGCUGGAUGCAACAUAUCCUCGGCUGACUUGGGCUCGGACAGAGGGCCCCCUUCUACUGUAAGCCUUCCGCCACUCUCUCAGCCCUCCCCAACUCCUACCUCAGGAUGUCAACGUAGAUCCUCCCUCCCUUUGGCUGAUGAUGAUGAUUUGGCCUUCAAGAAGCGUGUAAACACACCGUGGUAUAGUCAAGCAACUCGACUCCUGGGAACAACCCGGGAUGGAGAGAGUGGCACACAAGACAUUGGAGACAUAAUUGCUUCUGGUUUGGGACUCAUGGAGCUCACUAUCAUCCGGGCACGUGACCUUGUGGCCAAAGAUCUAAAUGGUUACAGUGAUCCAUACUGUGUAGUAAAGGUCAGCGGAGAGGUUAAAUACAGAACAAGGGUCAAGAAGAAGACACUUAACCCAGAGUGGGAGGAAAGUCUCAUGACCCACCUACCUAAACACCCAGAUGCUUUAGCCAUCACACUUUGGGACCACGAUGCAUUCGGGAGAGAUUUUCUGGGUUCUGUGUCAUUGCGGGAAGCAGAUGUUCGGCAAAUGUCCCUGGGUGAUGCUCCUGUGUGGUGUGCCCUUGAUGGUGCUAAAUCUGGUCAGCUUGAAAUUAGAGUCAAAGUUAUCUCUGAUGAUUAUGAGCACCAGAUUAAGCCAUUACAAGCCACAGUCAGAGUUGUUGGCAGGGAAUUAACAGUGGGAGAAGACACACUGAAGGUUGAAGAUGACUGUGUGAUUGGUCAGGUUGAGGAGGAUAUAAUAACCACGUCACUGGAGGAAGACUCCGGAGUCGUCUUACCAAACACUCCUCCCACACUCGAGGAUGAGGAUAUGCCAACUUCUUGCGUGCCAUCACACAAUUUGCCCUAUGCCAGCAAUGGUGUCAGUGAGGCCCCAACACUCCCUAAUGGAAGAAGAGCUAGCGAGUCUGCUGUUAUUAACAGCACGAGGGACACAGUGCCUGAUGAUCGCAAUGGCACCUUUAGUGGUUCUGCCACCCCAUCUUGUUCUAGUCCAGUUCAUUCUUCAACUAGGUCAAGGCGAACUGGUGCUAGGAUCAUUGCAAGUGCCCUAUCAAUGGCACGCUCCCGACCCAGGAAUGAGACUUCUAGUGAAGCCUCAUCCACUACAGCUAGUCCAACCAGAAGCCACCAAAGCCCAGUUUCCAAAACAGUUCCAAAGAUCAGUCUUACAGAGCAUAGUGAGGAUGAUUAUGGAGGCAGCAGCCCUGAGCCUCAUCGUAAAAAUAAGAAGUCUUCUGAUGGAGGCCUGCGUGCAGUGCGGGACAAGAUGCGCCGUGGUUUUGCGCAUCCUCUCCGUCGCUUCCGGUCCGAGGCCAACGUUCGAGAGGACGCCGAGGUGCAGCCCCAGAACCUUCACCCCCGCCUGGAGCUGGCUCUAAGUGUGGGCACACCAGUGCGUGUGGGUGUGGGCGGGGGAGAGGGAGAUGCCAGCGAGUUGCUGGAUACACCGCUCACCCAUGCUAAGUCUCAGCCCAACCUCCUCCUCAUGGGCCCCGAUGCUGCCAGACUUUCGUCGGCUGCGAAAGUAGUGAGCAGCAACAGCAGUGGUCAUGGACAGCAGCGUGCAGACAUAUUUGUGAACGUGCGUGGAGUUGCAGGGAGGGUGCAGGGCCUCCACAUACCUCGCUCUGGCCUCCAGCUCUUCCUCAGGGUCCGCAUCAGUGAUGAAAAGAACAGCAGCAGCAGCCUUGGCAGCAGCUUCAGCAGUAGUUUGAGCAGCAGUAGCAGCAGUGGCCGGAGUUCCAAAACUGUGGGCAGGUCUCGCCUGGUGCCUGCUUCUCCUUCUCCAACCUUUGACUGUGAGUGGCAAGUAGAUAGCGAGUUAUCACGGCGGGCGCUGCUUGUCCUCGAGGUUCGCACUGGUUCCAGGGAGCUCCUCAACUCUGCUAACAUUGCUCUUGGAGAUAUCUUUACUGAGCCUGGGACUGAGGGCAGUGUGGAGACAUGGGUUAACCUACAAGGAGGAGCCACACUUCACCUACGGGCCAGUCAUGGUGGCCAGCCUCCUCACUCAUCCCGACGCCGCUCUCUUUUCCGGUCAUGGUCCCUCCACAAGCUUGGCAAAAUCUGACAGCUGCUGCACCUGAUAUAACGAGCAGCCAUUGCAAUUGGAUCUCUUCACGAGGCUUGAAAGGCUGUUUUCACAGAAUAUGCUGCUGUUAAGGUAUGAAUAGCAAUCAGAGCUGUCUGAGAACCUAUUCAUACUCGUGGGGACCUGUCAUAGUCAUCUGAAACAAUUGAUCCCUUGCCUUAGAGGCUUUUGUCAUAAUCUAUGAGGCUGUCAGUUUGGUCUGAGGAGCUGUCUGUGCCAUCUCUUGUGUUUAAAACAGGAUCUGUGAAGUUUUUACACAAAUUUAAAAAAAUUCAAUAUGAACUGUGAUGCAGUUCACUGGCCCAGUGUGUUGGUAAAUCUAAAGUGCUACUUCAAUACUGUUAAGAUUCAAAGACCAUUUACAUGACAUGAAAUAUUUCUGUGCUUCUCAUUGUCACUUGUUUUAGUGAUUAGUGUUAUAAACCAUUUAUGAACCUGCAUUUGCUAUAUCUAGCAAGUAACUUGUGUAACAAGUAACCUUGAAGGUUAAAAAUUUGAAUCACAUGUAUUGCAUUCCUUGUAAUACUGGUUGUUAACUAAAAAGAUAAUUAUGAAAUGUAUACAAGUGCUCAUCUGACAAUUUACAAAGGUUGUGGUAUUUGGGAUAAAUAUUUAGUCUAACUGAUUCAGAAGUUUAGAAAAGAUCAUCAUCUUACAAACAACAGGGAUCAGAUUGGGUCAUAUGUGAAAUCCAAACAUCCCUCCUUUGUAAGUUUGCAAGUUUUUAUAAAGGUUUUACCCCCACAUAUAGAGACUUGCAACCUUUAAUUUUCUUAAGACAUGUAACACGAGCAGCCAUGAGAGAUAGGGAAGUGUGAUCUCAGAAGUCAUAAGUUAAUAUACGGGAUGGAUACACUGUAACUACGACCGAAACGUUUACAUUAGGGUUGUAUAGAAUUGAUCUCUCAGUGGUGAAGAAUACAUUACCUUUUUAUCCUUCACAACAAUCAAACCCAGACACAAAGUAGAUAUAAAAUAGUGUAUUUUAAACUUCUACAUGAACUUUGAAUUAAAUAAUGGAUAGAAAAUUAAUUAUUUGCUUACUGGAAUUACAAUAGGCAUAAAUAUAUUUACAGGCUAAAAAAUAUCAAACUUGGUGCUUCACUGAAUGUUACACAAGUGUUCAAAACUAGUUAGAUUCAUGUAACUAGAGCUAAAAUACAAGACCAAAGAUAUUCCUAGUCAGUACAACAAAAGUGCAGCUUAAAAUUGUCAACAUUUUCAAGGUUCUGGGGAUGUUUUAUUUGAAGUUUUAGUGUUAAGCAGGAUGGCUAAGAUAUGUGUUGCCAACAGAAAAUGUUACCCCAAAAAUUUACAUAAGAAAAUGGGAAAAAGUUUGGUAAAACACAUGCUUGCAUUCAAAAUGCGAGCUUCCACAAUGGUACUGUAUAAUAUUAGUACGUGUAAUGUGUAAGGAACCCUCUAACAAAUUACAGCCUUAUCCAACAAAUAUUUGAAUGCAAGCAAUGAUAAAACUAAGACUUCGCUAACAGGACAAUAUAGGACCACAGCUCUGCCUGUCACCGAAGAUCCUCACCAUUUUAUAUUUCAGGUAAACCCUUUAAACUUUUUGUCACUAAAAUGCAGCUCUAACAUGUAGCAUUAUAGGUAUUUCCACCAGUUAUUUAUGUAUUUAAAAUGAUGAUUUUAAAUUAUAUGUUUUGGUUCAAAAGUUGUGAUGUACUGCUGUUUACUGAAUAUCAACUCUGGUCAGAGUGGGGCAGUGUCAGUGCAGAUGCAGAGGACUGUUGACCUUACCUGGAGUCAACAACACCUGGAGAAUACCUGGAGAGGGUUUCGAGAGUUCUUCUACUCCCCAAGAUUGGCUUGGGGCCAGGCCAAUCUUACAAGUCAUGUGGUUCAUGUCUAUAUUCACAAACUGAAUAAUUUUGUGAGUGUAUGAAGAUAUUCUUGUGUUUGUAUACAAUAUAUGUAUAAUAAACAUUCCUACUGAA